AAUUUUGAUUUUUACCCAUCAGAAUUUACUAAGAUAUUUGGUACCAUGAAAAGAAGAAAUUUUAAGUCUUGUGAAUAGUUCCUUAACGACUCUGGAGGACGAGCUGAGCUCCUUCUACCAGAGGCCGCUACACUGACAAUACUUCUUUGAUUUGUCAAGAGCUUUGUGACGUCAUAACGUGGGAGGUAUAAAUACCACAGGAAAACAUCUUCGUUUCAGUCGUCGACACGACAUUAUCUGCGUUACUACAACUCGGGUCGAGGCAACGAGAUGGUGUCAAGUGAGAGGAAGACGACCUCAGUGAGUGUGGUGUUGCUACUGAUGGUAGUGGGCAGCAGCCUCGCUAUACCCUCUCGUGUUGCCAACAGGAUGAUACCCAGUUGGUGGGUUAAUGCCCGGACGAAGAACACGUGUCUGGCAUGGUCAGACUGUGGCCCGGACGAGUGCUGUGUGAGGCCCAUGUUGGCCACUAACACCUACUGCCUCCCUUACAAGGCCCGGGGCCAGACCUGUGAUGCUUCAGCUCUCCUUGUUGACGUCGAGAACGAGGUGUACUUCGAUCACUGCCCAUGUGAGCGACACUUGACCUGCGCUAACCUACACUCCAGCAGUGUGUGUGUUGAGCCUGAGGCCGUACACCGCAUGUUACUGCCGCACUCACCUCAGCCUCUCAAGAUCUGAGUUACCCUGACAGCUACUACUACUACUACUACCUAUUGUUUAUCUACCACCACUAUAACCUGCCCUAACCACCACAACCACUAUAACCUGUCCUAACCACCACAACCACUAAAACCUGUCCCAGCCACAACACUAUAACCUGCCCUAACCACUAUAACCUACCACCUGCCCUAACCACCACAACCUUCACUCAACUACCAAAGCCUCCCCUUAUCCAAAACUAGUAACGUCAGUAAGACUCACUGAUGCACGACCACAGCUCUGACCUAUAAUUUCCUUUAUAAAAGCAAUAUCUGUCAUAUUAAUGCAAACAACUUCUAAGAUCUCUAAAUUAAUUUUGAUUGUUUUUGUUAGGGGUGCUUGUAAUCAGUGCUGUAUGAUCCUAGUGGGUUUAGCGCUUGAUUUUGAUUAUAAUACUAAUACUUGAUAUCAGAACGUAACCCGUGGCUCGGUUGGCAACGCACUCAGCUCACAUAGUGAGUGUCCGUGGUUCGUUUCCCGACACGAGUGGAAACGUUGGGCAUGUUUGCUUACAGCUGCUGUCCCUGUUCACCUAGCAGUAAGUGGGUACCUGGGUGUUAGUCGGGGGCAGGGGAUGAAAAUAUACCUUAGAUACGACUGGCCUUUGACAUGUGCUGAGGCGAGAUAACAGCUCUUAGUUAGCCUCUAAAAUUGAUUUCUGUAAAAAAAAAAAAAAAAAUGUUCUUCGGUAUAAGCUGCCUUGACAAAGAACUGUCACAAGCAGCUCUCUAUAUACAACCUGUCCUUAUUUCCAGGGCCGGAUUAAGGCAGCCUCCGCCAGCUGGGGGCCUCCAUCAGGGUGCUUUGAUGCUUUCCCCUGGAUGCCACCCGUAAGUGUGCUAACACCUAGGUACCUAUUUACUGCUAGGUGAGCAGAGGCAGAAGGUGCAAGGAAACAUGACCAACGUUUCCACACGUGCCGGAAUCGAACGCAGGUCCUUCAGAUGUGGACCAAAGAAGCUGCCACUUGAACCGCGAGCAAUUACGUUGAAAAGCCAACGUUCUUUAUGAGAACGAGGUCUUAUAUAAGACCGUAGCUUAAAUACUGUAUGGCUUUAUUUCGUGGGGGAGCGCUAAAUCCGCUCUGGAGAUAUGUGAGGGCAGUCAGAGAUGAUCCGAGGAAAGGGACAGGUAGCUCCAGUUCCCUGGAUCAAGAGAUUUUCACCACCAUCAAGACAUCUUCCUCGAAAUUUUUAUUUUGAAUCUCUAGUCCUCUUUACGAAAAUUUUUAAUCGUGUCAAUUUUUGGGUAAAUUUAUCUCAUUGAUGUUUGUGUGACAGUGUAUCGUAUUUCAUGUAUAAUAUUAAGUUAAACAUAGGAGUAAUGUUGAAGAACAAUAUCUGAAAAAUAGCAGUCAGAUGUUAAUAUAUUUAUCACUUGUAAAUUUAUAAACAACUUCCUGUAAAUGAAAUGUGACAUUAUAUGUUUGUGCACUAUCAUGUCAUGUUCCAGAACAUGAUUCUUGAAGAUGGUGAUGCAAUUAUUAUACUUGUGCACUAUCAUGUUAUGUUCCAGAACAUGAUUCUUGAAGAUGGUGAUGCAAUUAUUAUACUUGUGCACUAUCAUGUUAUGUUCCAGAACAUGAUUCUUGAAGAUGGUGAUGCAAUUAUUAUACUUGUGCACUAUCAUGUUAUGUUCCAGAACAUGAUUCUUGAAGAUGGUGAUGCAAUUAUUAUACUUGUGCACUAUCAUGUUAUGUUCCAGAACAUGAUUCUUGAAGAUGGUGAUGCAAUUAUUAUACUUGUGCACUAUCAUGUUAUGUUUCAGAACAUGAUUCUUGAAGAUGGUGAUGCAAUUAUUAUACUUGUGCACUAUCAUGUUAUGUUCCAGAACAUGAUUCUUGAAGACGGUGAUAUCACUACAACAUUGAAAUAAAUAGUCUCGGAAGAUCUCUUAGACUUUCCCGUCUACCAACAUUAUACUUGCUACAACAGUUUACACUGACGUGAGACGAGACUACUCGCCUCACUCUGCUACCUCACACUGCUACUCGCCUCACUCUGCUACCUCACACUGCUACUCGCCUCACUCUGCUACCU